AUGAAAAACUCCACCAAUGAUGAUAACGAUGCUACUGCAGCUGAAACAAAUCUCAGCAUCGUUCCAGUACCUCACGAAACUAUCCUCUACAAGCCAAAUAACCAGUUUGAAAUCAAUGUGAUGGGAAACGUGACUGAUAUUAAUUUCUACAUUCCAGAUGUAGGUGACUCAACUGGUGUGGCUUUUCGUAAGGCAUAUUCUGCUGCCAAGUAUGAUUCAAAGAAUAACAAGGAGUUAUGCAGUUAUGUUGGAUCUAUGUUAUGCGCCGUUGUUCCUGGAUUCCGAAACUCCGUGGUGGAAGCACUGAAUGAAAUAUGUGUUAGGCCUCGGUUCAUUAGUUUGCCAUCCCAGGCUGAUGAAAACAGAAUUUUGAUUUCUCGUCUUCCUGAAUUAGGCUGGCCUUCCAUCGUUGUGGUCUUUGGCUACUGUAUCCUUCUUCUUUUCAAGCUAUCUUUUCACGAUGACAGUGAUAGUAAUUAUAAUCACUGUAUGUCAAGUUUCAUUAUGAAUCUCCAAGCUAAAGUUAGGUGGGAUCCAAGCAACGAACUUCUUGUACCAUUUGAUGUCAGACAAGCAAAAUCAGUUACCACAAUGCUUGGUUCUGAUGAUCUUCGUGCCACUAUUAAGACAUUUCUUAUCGACAACGCUAAUCAUAAUGAUUAUAAUCUUCGUAACAUUUGUGAAAUUUUGAAUCGUAGGUUACGUUAA